AUAGCACUCACCCAUCCAGGAAUCUGUGUGAGUGUACGUCGACCCGGGAGCAGCAUAGCCGUUCAGCCAACGUGCUCAGUUCCCCCAAGAUGGACCCUUUCUCCGGCGAGGGUGAACUCCUCAACAUCACAACCGCCUUUUACACACACGCCUACUCCACCGUCAUAGAUUUCGAUACAUCCUCUCUCUCCCCAUCUAACCAGUCCACCGCCCAAAACCUCAAGUACCGCGCACAAAUCGCCCUCGGCCAGUCCUCCAGCGUCGUAUCUGCCCUCAAAUCCUCUUCUUCAUCCUCUUCCCGCGCGCUUGUCGCUCUGGCACAAUUCGACGUCAGUGCCGCCGCAGAGCUCGCCUCCGACGCUUCCUCCGCCGAAGAUCCCACCGUGCAGAUCUGCGCAGGUACCGUGCUCGCCUCGGCGGGCCAGUAUCCUGAGGCAGUCGACCUCCUUUCUAAGCACCAGGGCAGUCUCGAGGCCGUUGCGCUCCUCGUGCAAGUCCACCUAUCUCAAAACCGGACAGACUUGGCUGUAAAGGAGGUCCACGCCGCCAAACGCUGGGCCAACGAUUCCCUCCUGAUUAACCUGGCGGAGAGCUGGACGAACCUGCGCGAGGGUGGAAGCGAGAAGUACCAGUCUGCAUUCUACGUUUACGAAGAGCUAGCGAGUGCGCCGGGCAACACGAGUCCCACGGCGCUUGUCGGCCAGGCUGUCGCGGAAAUACAUCUGGGCAGGGUCGAGGAGGCAGAGGCCGCGCUGCAGCAGGCUAUGGGCAUGGAGGGGGCCGAUGUGCAGGCUAUUGCGAACAGUGUGGUGCUGGCAAGUGUGAUGGGAAAGAAGAAUGAGGUUGUGCAAGGGUUGAUUGAGCAACUAAAAGAGAAGGAUAGGGAACAUGUGUUAUUGAAGGAUCUCGAGGAAAAGAGUGCACUGUUUGAUACGGCGGCGGGAAAGUACAGCGCUAAAGCUGCGGCUUGAGAUUGCUAGAGCUGCUUGAGGUGGUGCUCCGCUGAGCCCUUGGCGGCCCUUCUGAGUCUGAGGGAAUGAGCAGAAGGGCCUCCUCCAUCGACCAUGGAGGAUGACAGCUACUAGGUCUGCGAUUCGUCUUCAAGUGGCUUAAUGCCGGCUGGGUCGUAGUGAGGCUGUUGGCUUGCGAAGAUGGACUGGCGCUCGCUGAAGCGAUGGCCCCAAGGAGGCAAUUGCCUAUGAGAGUCCUAAGUUCUGUGGAUGAUGUGCUGCAAAUGCUAUACAUUUGCAACUAAGACACAACAAGACCGAAGAUAGACGAUGAAAGGAAGAUUCGAUGAAACUUGUGCCCUUCCAUUCUCAGGGGAGAUUCGCCCCGCGUCACUGGCAAGGCUGCGCGAGGCUGAGAAG